AUGGCUAACAUCACUGCAAACUCACAGUCCUCCGAGCGGACGCCCCUCAUAUCCGACCACCGCGAGGGCGAAGCCCGCGACGAUGCUGCCGACACCUCCAACCCGCCGCCGGGCGCCUCGCGCCUGCGCGAAAUCGUCCUCUUCAUCUGGGCCCUCCUGGCUACUGCCGCCGUCAUAGUCCUCGCUGUCUGGACCCAGCACCGCAGCCAGACGCACUUCACGCCCCCUCCGACACGAAGCGCAACCUGA